AUCAUCCACUUUCCCCAGCUCAAGACCCUUGUCCCAUUUGCAGGAGAAGACCAGGCACACUACCAUACAAAAUAUACACACACAAAUACAUACAUAUAUAUAUAUAGAGAGAGAGAGAGAGAGAGAGAGAGGAAGAAGAAGAAGAAGAAGAAAUUAAGGUGAUAUGGGAAGGCCACCUUGCUGUGACAAAAUGGGAGUGAAGAAAGGGCCAUGGACUCCUGAAGAGGAUAUCAUGCUGGUGUCUUAUGUUCAACAACAUGGCCCUGGUAAUUGGAGGGCUGUUCCUUCCAAUACGGGGCUGAGAAGAUGCAGUAAAAGUUGCAGGCUUAGAUGGACUAAUUAUUUGAGGCCAGGGAUCAAGAGGGGCUGCUUCACUAAUGACGAGGAGAAGAUGAUCAUCCAGCUUCAAGCCCUUCUUGGCAACAAAUGGGCUGCCAUAGCUUCCUACCUACCAGAGAGAACAGAUAAUGACAUCAAGAAUUACUGGAACACCCAUUUGAAGAAGAAGCUCAAGAAGCUUCAAGAAGGGCCUGACAGUGGCAGUUCCAAACACGGCUUCUCAAUCCAAAACUCUAUCCCCAGAGGGCAGUGGGAAAGGAGGCUGCAAACCGACAUGAACAAGGCCAAACAAGCCCUUCAAGAGGCCUUGUGCUUGGAGAAACCAAGACCUGAUAAUAAUAAACCAAUUAUCCAAGCAUCUGCCUAUGCUUCAAGCACUGAGAAUAUAGCCAGAUUGCUCAAAGAAUGGACCGAGAAUUCAACCAAACCAGCUGCCCAAAUGGCGUCCACGGCGAGCUCCUUUUUCAGCGGCUGCUUUGAUUUGUACGAGGAAUUUGAAUCCCUAUUAGGGUUUGAGUCUCUGGGUUCAUCAAAUUCUGAUUUUUCUCAAUCUCCCGAGGAUGCUAGUGUUUUGCAAGGGGAAAGCAAGUCAGAUCUUGUGGGUGCUGAUCACGCCCCAUUACUCUCGAGAAUGCCGGAGAAUUGGUUGUUUGAAGAUCAAGGGAAAGAAGACUUGGCUUUGGCUAGCUUCUCUUUUGAAUUUUGAUAUAUCAUGAAAAUUAUAUAUAUAUAUAUAUAUUAAUUAACAUGUAGAUCGAUCUGUUUUAUCAGUGGAAAAUUAAGUUAUUGGUUUUUUUAAUUGAUUCAUUGUAGGCCUUGCAUGAGUCUGAAGAGUUAGUACUCCAUGGUUUCAUGCUUGGAAAUUUGUUGUCAAUCGUUUUAGUACUUACCCAAGCACUGUAAAUUGCACAUUAGCAAUAAUAUUGUUAGAUAGAUGAAAUAAGAAUAAAGUUCAGGAUUUCAU